UCUCUCUCUCUCUCUCUACACUUCACAUCUAUAAUAUAACACUUCCAAGUUUGGAAACGCAACUCUGGCAAAGCCAAAACACGUUACUCUUAGGGUUACCUCAACUUGAAACCAUUGUUAUAAUUAACUUCCACUCUCUUCAUUGCUUCUUCCAUUCUAUCUCUCCCUCUCAUAACAACAUUAACCUUUGUUAUCGUCUUGUCUUGGAAAAAAAACAUGCAUCAGGAGCAAGAGGAUAUGAGGAACUACGAAGCAUGUAAGGAGGAUUACAUGCAAAUCAUGAAGGGCAAGCGCACGAAGCGUCAAAGGCUUCCAUCACCACUUAGGUUAACCAUGUCAACAACAUGUUCAAGCGCAGGAAGAAGCAGCACCGACAACUCCAUAGGAUUUGAUCAUCUCCCUACAACCUCAAGGAACGAGGAGGAGGACAUGGCCAAUUGUUUGAUUCUCUUAGCUCAGGGCCACAACGCCCCAAAACCCUCACGCAAGUCACCACCACACGUGGCAGCACCUGGUGAUCACAAUAACAAUGAAGGGCUAUAUCUUUAUGAGUGCAAAACCUGUAACCGAUGCUUCCCUUCAUUUCAAGCCCUUGGUGGCCACAGAGCCAGCCACAAGAAAUCUAAGACAAGCACAGAAGAAAAGCAAGGAGUGAUUACCACUUUUGGGAAUGAAGUGGAUCAUCAUAAGCACCAUGGUGAUUGUGACCAUCCCACAAGCACCAACCUCACCUUGCAAUUAUCAACGGCUUUGUAUAAUAAUAACAGCAGCACUAGGACUAUUGUUAAUGCUAAAUCCAAAGUUCAUGAGUGUUCCAUAUGUGGGGCAGAAUUCACAUCAGGGCAAGCCUUGGGGGGACACAUGAGAAGGCAUAGAAAUCUUCUGAGCACGCCCACAACAGUAUCUACAAUUAGGGCAAAUGGUGGUGAUGGGAGUCCUGAGGUUAAACACAAAGAUGUUUUGGACUUGGACCUUAAUCUUCCGGCACCUGAGGAUGAUCACAGAGAAUCCAAGCCGUUUCCUUUUCAGUCCAAAGGAAAAGUCAUUGCCUUCUCAGCUACUUCUUUGGUGGAUUGCCAUUACUAAAGUUGAAGUCUGUCCUUUUUUUUUUUCUUUCUGUAAAUUAGCCUCACUCAGAAUCCACCUGUCUUUAGUAUUGACCUAUUCUUUAUUGUUAUUCCUUGUAUACAAUUGUUGAUUCUUUC